CCUUUUGUUUUUUUCUUUUUUAUUUAGUACAGCGUUGGUCACAGAUUUCAACAUCUAAACCGAGCGACCAAUAUCUGGCUAGAGGCUAGUUUUAACUUUAUUUCUACUGAAGUCGAAAGGGAAUGCGUGCCGGGUUAAAACAUUGGUGAACGAAACUAGGGCAAUAGCCAUUUAGUUUUUACGAGGAUGUCUGCAGUGUAAUAGUCAACUGUCCGUCGGGAUAUCCAGCUACAAAUUAUCCUCUGUCGGGAAAAAAAUAACACGGACUGUUUUCCUUCUUUUUUUUCUUUUCAUCUUUUUUUUUUAAAUUACUGUCCUAGAAAGCGGGACAGGAUUUGCCUCGACAAAUUACAUAUUUAUUAUUCUUCUAAGAUUGUACACUUUGCAAAUUGCGGGAAAAUAUUAGGAAUACAUAUUUUCGGAACGGGAACAAGGUAGUGUCAUUUGAAACUAAAAAAAAAAAAAGAAAAAAAAAACUCGCGGAUGUUUGCAAGAAGGGGGGCUUUAAUGGACCGACGCCAGCAUUGGAGACGAUAAGUACACCCUAAAAUCUAACAGGACAGCCUCUUAAUUGGGGAUUUAUGUCCUUUUAACACUUACAUUCCUGUUGGUGCUUAUUUUCGAUGCCAGUACAGCCAUGGUUCCAGUUCAAAACGUGAGUGGAAUUAAUAUAUUAGAGUAUUAUAAUAAACUUGUAUGUUUUUAUUCCUUGUUUUAUUAUCAUACAAAAUAUUUCCAGUCUUCUUUAAUGCAUGCAGUGCUUUUCAAUUUAAAGAUUGUGUUAGAAUAUAUACAAACUGUUCUACUUGAUUUUGUAUGUUUUAGUUUAAGAAGUAGAAUGUUUACAAAAUCUAUAUUUUAAAUAAAAUAUGUCUAAUGAUUGAUAAUUUGUGUUAACAUUAUGGAUAAUUGAUCCUCAUUUGACAAAUAUUACUGUGUUUAGAAUGAAUCAAUCAUAUAUCUUCAACAAGUUGACUUUUGUUACUUUAUUCAUUUUUUUUAAAGAUGUUUCAUUUUUGUCAAUUUAGUUACUGCAAAAAAAAAAAAAAACAGUUUGCACAGUUUGAAUGCUAACAUUUUGUAUGUUUGCUGCAUGCUGUCACAUCUGUGUGGCGGACAAUUUGUACGUCAGGAAGGAUUUUAACGUUUGCCCCCAAAUAUUUUGCUUAUUUGCAUUUCUUUACUUACUCACUAACUGAAUUAACGAUUGUUUCUCUUUGUCAUCUUUUCCCCCCAAAUAUAGAAUGAAUGGCUGCUGGAACGCUGAUGAUUCCUAAUCUGUGUGGUAAUAUGCUUGCUGUACCCAGCUUUUUUCUUUUUUUCUAUUUUCUUUUGUUUUUCUUCAGUUUUCCCCCAACCAAAACCCAGUUUUUGCCCACUCCUAAGACAAGGCAAAGCUUCCUGCUCUUCACCCAGCCUGCUUAUAAUGCUUCAGUCUUUGAAAACUCUGCUGCGAGGACAUAUAUCACGAGUGAAGUCAAAAUGGGCAUAACUGUUGGGCUACCCUGGUACUUAGAUGUGAAAUACUCAAUUGAAUCUGGAGACAGUGAAAGCAUUUUCCAAGCUGAGGAGUUUGUGGUGGGAGAUUUUUGCUUCCUCCGCAUAUGCACUAAUGGAGGGAGCGGUGCCACUUUGAAUAGGGAGGUUCAAGACAAUUACACUCUGACUGUUAAGGCAUCAGCCCAAGGUGGCCUGGAAGCUUUGGUCACCGUCUUUAUCAAGGUAUUGGAUACAAACGACCUCCGGCCUCUGUUUUCACCAACAUUCUACUCUUUUGUUGUUUCUGAAAGUGCCCCUCUUGGCACAACCAUAGGACGUGUAACAGCCACCGAUGCUGACGUGGGUUCCAAUGGGGAGUUCUACUACUUUUUUAAGAACACAGUGGAACUUUUUUCUGUUCAUCCAACCAGUGGGUUCAUAACCCUCACAGGGCGUCCAAGGAUAGACAAGUUAGACAAAUUGGAAUUGGAAGUCCAGGUGAUUGAUAGAGGAAUGAAACUUUAUGGGAACAAUGGGAUUAGUAGCACAGCUAGGCUUGUCUUGACUGUUGAGCGGGUCAAUGAAUUUGCUCCUGUUCUCAGCGCAGUCACUGUCGCUCCAUCAUGGACAGACAAAAAUCCAGUCUAUGUCAUAGUGAGGGUAGAGGAUAAAGACGAGGGUUUAUCAGGAGAAAUAGAGUGGGUGUCCAUUACUGAGGGAGACCCUUUUGAGCUUUUUGUGGUUGAGCGAUCACCUGUUGCAAAUGAAUAUCUGGUUAAAACAUCAGCAAGAAUUAAUUGGGAUACAUUUCCUUUUGGCUGCAACUUAACAUUUCAAGCUAAAGACAGAGGCAUUCCUUCCAAGUUUUCCAACACUCAGCUUGUUCAGUUGUUAGUUACAAAGCCAGAUCCGAUUUUAAGAAAUUUUGAAAAAGAAAUUUAUGUAGUCAAGCUGAGUGAAAUAGCUCCCCCAGGCACUAUUGUAGCGGUGGUGAAAAUAUCCCCACCUCCCCUGAGUGUCAAUUACAGUUUGAGCAGCCUUUCAGAUCUCAUGUAUUUUUCUAUAAACCCUCUUACUGGUGUUAUUAUGACGACGAGGCAGCUAACAAAGAUAUCACAGGAUUUCAUGCAUAUGGAGGUAGUUGAUAAAAUCAGUCAACAGCGAGCAAGAGUUAAAAUUACCAUAGAGGAUGCAAACAACAACUCACCUGUCUUCAUCAGGCCACCCAGUACUAUUGCUAUCAACGAGAGUUUACCUGUUGGCACUGUUGUUCUUGUCGUGUCUGCUGUGGAUGAUGAUAAAGGAGAAAAUGGUUAUAUCACUUACACAAUCAAUGGCGACCAGUCUCUUCCUUUUGCCAUACAGCAGCACACUGGGGAAUUGAGAAUCACAAGAGAUCUGGACUUUGAGUCGUCAAAAGAUACUUAUACUUUUGCAGUAAGAGCUUCUGACUGGGGGUCGCCUUACAGAAGGGAGAGUGAGCUAAAUGUCACUAUCCGUGUGAUAAACAUCAAUGACAACCCACCUCUUUUUGAGAAGACUUCUUGUAGAGGAAUGGUUAGCCGUGAUUUUCCAGUCAACAGGACCAUCGUCACAUUGUCAGCUAUAGACAUGGAUGAACUUGGGAUGGUGAAGUACAAGAUACUGUCUGGGAAUGAAUUAGGCUACUUUAAAUUAAAUCCAGACUCUGGGGCUUUGUUGUUGCAAAGAUCUUUUACAGCAGAAACUUUGAGAAGUGGGAUAUUUAGCCUUAAAGUGGUUGCAACAGAUGGAGAGAGGUCCUCUGAUCCUGCAUUUGUCAAUGUAACAGUUGUUCGGGGUGGGAUGCCACCCAAGGGGUUCACCUGCAAAGAGACCAGGGUGGCUCAGCUGUUGGCAGAGAAAAUGCUCACAAAAGCAUCCUCCAUAGCUGGACCAAAAUCCGAUCAUAGAAGUAUGUAUAUUUUUUCUUUAAAUAAUCAGGCUCCACAGUUUGAGGCCUUGCCUACAAGUAUUUUGGUAAGAGAAGACCUGGCUCCUGGAGCUAGUGUGUUUCAGGUACGCGCACGAGAUGGCGACUCAGGUUUCAACGGCCGUGUUCUGUUUUCAAUUUCUGAUGGUAACAAAGAAAACAGCUUUAAUAUCGACAUGGACAAUGGGCUAAUAACUGUGUUGCAGCCACUUGACCGCGAACAGCUGGAUCGCUACUUCUUAAACAUCACCAUCUACGAUCAGGGCAUUCCCACAAUGUCCAGCUGGAGACUACUGACAGUGAUCAUCGAGGAUGCAAAUGACAAUGACCCUAGGUUUUAUCAGGAUAACUACUCUGCAGUUGUUGCUGAAAACUCAGCCAUUGGCUCGGAAGUUAUUACAAUCACUGCUUUUGACAAGGAUAUGGGCCAAAACGGACAGCUUUCAUUCAUCAUGUUGACCAACAUACCACAUUUUGGUAUUGACAGCAUAACUGGAACUGUCUUUGUUGCAAGCACUCUGGACAGAGAAACAUUUCCGACGUUUGUGUUAAAAAUUGAAGUCAAAGACAAGGCAGAAAAAGGCACUCGGAGAUCUUCAGUGACUACGCUCAGUAUAAUAGUGGAAGACGUCAAUGAUUGCUCUCCAGCUUUCAUCCCUUCCAGUUAUAGUGCGCGGGUACCAGAGGACUUACCCUCAGGGACUGUGAUUACCUGGGUGCAAGCACAGGACCCUGACAUUGGACCUGGUGGACAAGUCCAGUACUCCUUAAUCAACGACUUCAAUGGAACUUUUGAAAUCAACUCUGUGAGUGGCAUACUAAGGAUAAGGAAGGAGUUGGACUUUGAGACAAAGCAGUUUUUCAACCUGACCAUACUUGCUGAGGACAGAGGAACACCCAGACUUCAGAACCAGACAUUUGUGGAGGUGGAGGUGGUGGAUGUCAAUGAGAAUUUGUAUGCACCCUACUUCCCUGACUUUGCUGUGAGAGGCUCAGUGAAGGAGAACUCUCGUGCGGGAACAAGUGUCCUGCCAGUCACAGCAAAAGAUGAUGACAACGGGCGAGAUGGCACGUUGAGGUACUCUAUACGCGGAGGCAGCGGACUAGGCACUUUCACCAUCGACGAAGACACAGGGAUGAUCUACACUGCUGGGAUCUUGGACUGUGAAACCAAGGACUCAUAUUGGCUUACCGUGGUUGCCACAGACAGAGGGGCUACGCCUUUGUCUGCUUCUGUUGAAGUCUUUAUUGAGAUUGAAGAUGUCAACGAUAAUGCCCCCCUCACUUCGGAUCCUAUCUACCAUCCAGUCAUCAUGGAGAACUCUCCAAAGGAUGUGUCAGUCAUUCAAAUACAGGCGCAGGACCCUGACCUUUCUACCAAACCCAGCCGCCUGAGUUAUCGCAUUACUGCUGGUAAUCCGCAGAAUUUCUUCUCCAUCAACCCCAGAACAGGUCUAAUCACAACAACUGCUCGAAAGUUGGAUCGGGAACAACAGGCAGAGCACUUUUUAGAGGUGACAGUAAUAGACAGUCCAGUGACAACCCGGCAGUCCACUGUGUGGGUCAUAGUUCACAUCGAGGAUGAGAAUGACAACCGGCCCACCUUCCCGGAAGCCACUUACCGUAUCAGCCUGCCCGAGCGAGACCGCAACAGACGUGUGGAACCUGUUUACCGCGUGUUCGCCUAUGACCGUGACUCUGGAGCAAACGGCAACAUCACAUACAGCAUCACUGAUGGCAAUGAGGAAGAUAACUACAGUAUUGACCCAAAGACUGCUAUGGUGUCAUCUAAGAAGAUGGUACCAGCUGGCAGCUAUGACAUCCUCACUAUAAAAGCAGAGGACAAUGGAGAUCCACCAUUGUGGUCAAGCGUCAAACUCUACAUUGAAUGGAUCCGAAAGCCCAUCCCCUCAAAAAUGCCCCUUCUCUUCACCCAGAGGCACUACAAUUUUUCAGUUCCAGAGUCAACCGCUGUUGCUCAGCCAGUUGGGGUGGUGGCGGUCAGUCAGUUGAAUACACCCGUCUGGUUUAACAUCAUUGGCGGACGGCUUGCCAGAGAAAUGUUCUACAUUCCGCAGAAUGCAUGCGGGAGAAACUGCUCUCUUGAUACAGGAAGCUUCGACAUGCAGUUUGACCUUCAAGUCGGAGUAGGGACCCUCGUCGUGGCCAAGCCCCUUGAUGCGGAGGUGCAGUCAGUGUACAACAUGACUGUACAGGUGACGGAUGGGACCAGCUUUGCCACAGCUCAGGUGUUCAUCAGAGUACAGGACAGCAACGACAACCCUCCCGUCUUCUCACAGCCGACUUAUGACGUGACUGUCUCAGAGGACGCACCUGCUGACAUGGAGCUAUUGCGGGUUAGAGCAACAGACAUAGAUGAGCGUGCCCGUUUGAGCUUCUCCAUGUACGCAAGCGUGGACCCUGGCAGUAUGAGACUCUUCAGGGUCAGUCCUGGUACAGGGGUUAUUUACACUGCAGACAGGCUGGACUACGAGGCCAGAACGCAGCACAUCCUCACUGUUAUGGUCAAGGACCAAGAGUUUCCAUUUAACCGGGACUUGGCUCGUAUUGUGGUGGCAGUGGAAGACAUCAAUGAUAAUGUUCCCUUCUUCACAAGAACCACAUAUGACGCUGUGGUCUAUGAAACAUCACCUGCUGGGUAUUCUGUACUCCAGGUGACAGCUCUAGACAAAGACAGUGGAAUCAAUGGUCAAUUGACAUACAGCAUUGAAGCAGGUAACACCAGAGGUGUAUUCAUUAUUGAUAAUGCAACUGGCCGUAUCUCGAUUGCAAAGGAUCUGGACAUCACAUCUGUGGGCUUCUACACCCUCACCGUACGCGUUACAGACAAUGGAUUUCCUCCAUUGUCGGCCACGGCUUUGGUUCGCAUUUCCUUGAUGCUCUCUGACUUCUCCAAACCGAAAUUCUUUCAGAAAGAGUAUCAAGCUGAGGUAAUGGAGAACAGUAAUAGUGGAACACACGUAACCACAGUUACUGCCCUGAGCCGCUCUCCUCUCAUUUUUGACAUCACCAGAGGCAAUGAGGAACGCAGCUUCUCUAUUAAUCAGCACACUGGCGUAAUCACUACUCGCAAGAUGCUUGAUUUUGAGCUAACAGCAUCCUACUUUCUGAUGGUGCGUGCUCUAAGCAUGGCUGGGGUGGAAGCCAGUGCUGCUGUUAUUGUUCAAGUUGGGGAUAUCAAUGAUAACCCACCAGAACUCCUUCAAAUCAGAUAUGCCGGUAGAGUCAGUGAAGCUGCCCUGGUCAACAGCGUGGUCCUGGGGGAGGACGGUAAUCCUCUGGUCAUUCAGGCCACAGACAAGGACCGCAAUCACAAUGCCAUGCUUGUGUUCCAGAUCAUAGAUGAGACGGCUCGGAUGUUUUUUAGUGUGGACUCUGGCACAGGGUCCAUUCGAACAAUUGCAAAUUUGGAUUAUGAAACUUUCUCUGAGUUUCUCUUCCGGGUUCAAGUACAAGACAGUGGAGAGCCUUCUCUGUGUGCUGACAGCCCAGCAGAGGUUUUCAUAAAGGUGAUCAACAUCAACGACUCACCCCCCAAAUUUUCCCAGGAAAUGUAUGAGACGAUUCUUCUGCUGCCCACCUAUGUGGGGGUUGAGGUUCUCAGAAUUGAAGCUUUAGACCCUGAUAUGAUCCCUGGAGAGUCAACCACACCAAAGCUAUAUUACUCUUUGGUUGAUAGCAGUAUGGAAUACUUUUUUGUGGACCGCUACUCCGGAGUUGUGACUGUCGCAAACAAGAAUCUCAGUAAGGAACGUUACCGCUUUAAUGUGAGGGUAUGGGACGGACGAUUUUCCAGCAUAGCAUCAGUCAUAGUUUUUGUUAAAGAUGCGAUGGACAGCGACCUUUUCUUCCCUGUCCCAGUGUUCUCUGGCUCCAUCUCUGAGAACGUAUCCAAUGUCACUUUAGUGACUAUUGUAAACACAAUUGGGCACCGGCUCAAUGAGCCACUGAAGUAUACACUGCUUAACCCGGGAGGACGAUUCGCCAUCCGGCCCACCUGUGGAGCGGUACUCACCACCGGAGUGCCUUUUGAUCGAGAGGAGAAUGAAAGUUAUGAGUUGGUGGUGGAAGUCAGCAGGGAAGAUGAAGUACUGAAGGUAGCCAGGGUGACUGUGCAAGUUCAGGUGGAGGAUGUGAAUGACAAUGUUCCAGAGUUUGUGAACCUCCCCUACUAUGCUGCGGUUCAAGUAGAAGCAGUACCAGGGUCAGUCAUCUUCAGGGUCUCUGCAGUGGACCGGGACUACGGCCCAAAUGGAGAAGUGACUUACAGCCUUAAGAUGCAGCAGAGAAACUUUGAGAUUAAUCCAGUGACUGGAGAGCUGAUCUUAAAGAGAGCCUUUGGAGCAAACUUGUCGAACACAGAGUACAAGCUGACAGUGGUGGCCACGGAUGGAGGAUUCCCCCGUCUGUCCAGUGAGGUGCCGCUGCCCGUCACUGUGGUGAAUAAAGCCAUGCCGGUGUUUGACAAGUCCUUCUAUGGUGUCACAGUCAGAGAGGAUGUGGCCGUCUUCACCUCUGUUCUAUGCAUCAAUGCCAGCAGCCCUGAAGGCCAGGAGAUAAUCUUCACCAUCACAGACGGAGACCCAAUGGUGCAGUUUGACAUCGGCUUUGACACUGGAAUUAUCACCGUCGUUUAUCCAUUAGACUAUGAGACAAUUCAGUAUUACCGCUUAACGGUGAAGGCUGCGGAUACUCUAACCGGAGCAAAAUCUGAGGUGGAUGUCGAUAUUGUGGUUCUGGAUGUUAACGAUAACCCGCCAGAGUUCCAUAAUUCGUCGUACGCCUGUGUUCUGUCUGAGAACUCCAUGACAGGAACAUCUGUCUUACAGGUGUUCGCUCAAGACCAAGACUCAGAAAAGAACGCUGCUGUGACCUACCAGAUCCUAUCUGACAUGUACAACAGCACCGACUUCUUCCAAAUCGACAGCAGCAGCGGAUCAGUAUUCACCGCACGAAUGCUGGACUAUGAGCUCAUGCAGUACUACAACUUCAUUGUCAGAGCCACGGACAGCGGAGAACCUGCCCUAAGCAGUGAUGUUAGUGUCACUGUGACCGUAACUGACACAAACGACACCCCACCUAAUUUCAGCCAAGCGCUAUAUGAGGCCUUUGUCAGCGAGCUUGCUCCCAGAGGACAUUUUGUGGUUUGCGUUCAGGCAUCAGAUGCAGACAUUUGUGACGCACAAAAACUGAGGUAUAGUAUUCUCUCGGGAAAUGAGAAAAUGACUUUUAUGAUGGAGCCACAUACGGGGGUGAUUCGUCUGUCUAACAAGAGGAGACAAGGCAUGAAACUCUCCUAUCAGCUCAAUGUCUCUGUGUCAGAUGGAGUCUUUACCAACAGCGCUCAGGUGGUCGUGCGUGUCCUGGGAGCUAAUCUGUACAGCCCGGUUUUCAGUCAGAGGUUUUACCUGGCCGAAGUCCCGGAAAAUUCUUCUCCAGGAUCAAGAGUCAUUCAGGUUAGGGCGACAGAUGAAGACUCAGGUUUGAAUGGCCAGAUCACCUACUCCUUCAUCAAUGACUUGGGGAAAAGUCAGUUUACCAUUGAUGCAGAUGGAGUCAUAUCCACAGUAGAAAUGUUAGAUCGAGAAAAUCCUUUGAACAAAGACAUGGUGCUGACUGUCAUGGCCCUGGAUGGUGGAGGGCGUGCAUCAUUUUGCACAGUGCGAGUGGUCCUGGCCGAUGAAAAUGACAACGCUCCUAAGUUCAGAGCAGUAGAGUAUCGUAUGAGCAUCAAAGCUAAUGUCGCCAAAGGUUCUCUCGUCACUCAGAUCCAGGCCACUGACCCUGAUGCUGGCUCUAAUGGAAGGAUAACCUACUCCCUUUACAGUGAGGCCCGCCUCUCACUUGUUGAUGUUUUGGAGGUGGAAUCAGACAGUGGCUGGAUGAUGACUAAAAGCACAGUGGACCACCUACAGGGAACUGUGCUGUCCUUCUUUGUUAAAGCCACAGAUGGGGGUUCUCCACCCAAGCACUCGCUGGUUUCAGCUUUCAUCCACGUUGUUCCCCCAGAUGCAUACGUUCCUUCGUUCAGUCAGCCUCAGUACUCUUUCACCAUCCCCGAAGACACAUCAGUAGGAACAGCGCUGGGCUCUGUUUACCUGGGUCCGGGCCAGGUGGGGUUCUUCACUGCAGUUGGAGGAGAGACGCUCGACAGUAACCAAGGAGAAACUUUCAUGGUGGAGAAGGAAACAGGUCUCAUCCGCUUGCUGAAACCGCUAGACUAUGAAGACGUCAACAUCUACCGUUUUAAAGUAGCAGCAAUGACAAGACGAGACCUGACUGAGUCUGUCACUACUGUGGAUGUGGAGGUUAAGAUAUUAGAUGUGAAUGACAACCAGCCAGUAUUUGAGACUAAUGCAUAUGUUGCCACCGUGAUGGAGGGGAUGCCAGCAGGGACAAGAGUGAUCCAAGUCCGUGCCCUUGAUCCAGAUUGGGGCUCCAACGGACAGGUGACCUAUAGCCUUGGGGCUCUGCUUACCUACAAUCUGGACCUGACGAUCAACGCUCCAUACCUCACAAGCGCCAUCACCACCAGUUCUGUCUUCGCCAUUGACAGUAAAACAGGUUGGAUCACCACAGUGGGCCAGAUGGACCACGAGGCCUGCUCCAGCUACAGUUUUGAAGUAGUGGCCUCUGACCUGGCCGAGUUGCUGCCUCUCUCCUCCUCCGCUGUGGUAACCAUAACCGUGUCGGACAUCAAUGACAACCCGCCACAGUUUGACAGGGAGUUCUACAGAGGUGCUGUAAAGGAGAGUGAUCCUCUUGGUGAGGUGGUGGUUGUUCUGAGAACCAAAGACCAAGAUGGCACAGACCAAAACCGUCUGGUUAGCUUUUACAUCACAGGUGGAAAUCAGCGGGGUGUGUUUGCUCUGGCCCUUGUUCAGGGGGAGUGGAAAGUGUAUGUCAGUGGACUGCUGGAUCGUGAGCAGCAAGACUAUUAUCUGCUCAAUAUCACAGCCAGCGAUGGGCUGUAUGUGGCUCACACCGCUGUGGAGGUUACAGUGAUGGAUGCCAAUGACAACAGCCCCAUAUGCAAACAAGCAGUCUAUAGUGCCUCUUUUCCGGAAGACAUUCUCACCAACAAGGGCAUCCUUACAGUGAGUGCAACAGAUGCCGACUCAGGCUCCAGCGCUGAAAUCCAGUACUCGUUGUUUGGCAUUGGAGUGGAAGAUUUCUAUAUGGAUGCAAACACUGGCGAGUUGCGCACUGCCACUGUAAUGGAUCGUGAAUUGGUACCCACCUAUAAUCUCAUUGCCCAGGCAACUGAUGGAGGAGGGCUGUUCUGCAGAUCUGACAUUUCUCUCAAAGUGUUGGAUGUGAAUGACAAUGCCCCUUUGUUCUCAUCUACCCAUUACCUGGCAAGUGUUUAUGAGAACGCUGCCCCCAAGGCUUUGCUUACCAGGCUGCAAGCCACUGACCCUGAUGAGGGCCUGAACCGAACAGUGGUCUAUUCUCUUGUGGACUCGUUCAAUGGAUUCUUCUCAAUUGAUUCCUUAUCUGGAGUAGUUAUUUUGGAAAAAUCCCUGGACAGAGAAAGCCAAGAGUCCUACCGAAUUCGUGCCCAGGCUACUGACAGAGUUGGACAGCAGGGGGCGAUGUCUUCCCAGGUUGAUUUGACGAUUUUGGUGCUGGAUGUGAAUGACAAUGCCCCAGUUUUCCAGAAGAGGGACUACGCUGUCACAAUCCCAGAAGAUGUAGCUGUGGGGACAGAGGUACUCCGCGUGUUGGCGACGAGCGCUGACAUCGGUCCAAAUGCAGAGAUCACGUACACCAUUCGGUCAGGCAAUGAAUUGGGGAAGUUUAUCAUCAACAGAAAACUGGGUUCAAUAUCUGUAGCCGAUGACUUGGACUUUGAGGUUUGUAAGGACUACUACAUCACUGUUGAGGCGUGGGACAGUGGGAACCCUCCUCUUAGUACAGCCACCAUGGUUGUCAUUGAACUGAUGGAUGUCAACGACAACGCCCCCACCUUUGAUCAGGAUGUUUACAAUGUGCUUAUCAGCGAGGAUGCAUCUGUUGGACAGACAGUUACAAGGGUUUCUGCAGAAGAUCUAGACAGCCAGGUGAAUGGGCGAAUAACCUACUCCAUUCUGAAAGGCGAUCGGAGCAAUCACUUCUGGAUUGAUCCUGUUACAGGACUGCUUAAAGUCAAUAAAAAGCUUGAUAGAGAGCUUGUAUCCAUGUACACUUUGUCAGUGCAAGCCUUCGACAGUGGUUCUCCUGCCAUGUCCACCAGAGUCACGGUUAACAUCGACAUCUCAGACGUCAACGACAACCCCCCUGUUUUUGCUCCACCUAAUUCCACAGCUGUCAUACAGCUUAAUCAGGUUGCUGGUACCGAACUGUUGAAAUUGUCAGUCAGUGAUAAAGACUCCCCCAGAAACGGCGCUCCCUUUGUGUUUCGCAUUGCGUCGGGAAAUGAAGGAAGUUAUUUUGCUUUGGAUCAAACUGGUACUCUGAAGGCCAACCGUUUGUUUGGCCCUGAAGCCCCAAGAGAAUUUACCCUGGAAAUCCAGGCAAGUGACUCUGGUAGGCCAAGUCUUACCUCAUCCUCCUGGGUCUCUCUGAGAGUUAUGGGGAACAGUCAGUACAAGCCCACCGUCUCCCCUCUGGAAAUCUUCAUUGUCAUGUUGACAGAUACCUUUCCGGGCGGCACCGUCGGUCAGAUCUACGCAGCCGACCGUGAUCCCAGUGAUGUUUUGUUGUUUACCCAGAAGCCGCUGCCUAAGAGCAUGUUUAGGAUCAACAGACAGGAUGGAAGCAUUGUAGCUUUGGCUGGACUGGAACCAGGAAGAUACCAGAUGAACGCAACAGUGAGCGAUGGUCGUUUUGCUGUGAUAGCUGACCUGUCAAUCCUGGUCGAACAAGUAACAGAUGAACUUCUGCGUAACGCUGUGACCUUACGCUUCAGCUCCCUCUCCCCAAAGGAAUUACUUGGUAGCCACCUGAACCAAAUCAAAUCAACAUUACGAAGACUAGCUGGCGGGAAAUGGUCUCCAGGGCAACAAGAUCCUUUGCACAUAAUCAGUGUGCAGCCAGUGAUGGGGACGUCAGAUGUCGACUUAGUUCUGGCUAUGGAGAGGCCAGAGGCAUCAGGAGGUGGACGGAUUGGGGUUUUUUAUUCAAAGGAAGAGUUAUCAGCGAAGCUGGAGCAGGCUGCAGCAAAGGGUCAGAUUGGAGGAGCUGUGGUGGGCAGCACUUGUUCUGGAAAGCUGAAUUGUGGCGACAAGGUGUGUGACAUCACAGUAGUGAUGGAGGGAGGCUCCCUUGUUACUUACAGCACAGAGAGAGUCAGCUUGGUGUCACCGAGGUUCAGCCGUACAGAGACCUGCAUUUGUCCCGGGAUGUGCCCCAUUCCUGUGGAGCUUUGUGAAGGUCAGUCUUGUCCGGCUGACAUGCAGUGUGUCCGCGCUGGUCCUACAGCGCCAUCUGUCUGCCAAUGUCUACCCGAGCGACUAGAUGAGUGUGCAGGCCAAACCUCUCUGAGUUUUUCUGGAAACAGCUACAUCAAGUACAGAGUGACAGAGAGAGGUCAGAGUGGAGAGAUGAGGCUCGGCCUGAGAAUCAGGACUCUUCAGAGAAGAGGAGUCAUUAUGUUCACGCGUGUUAACCCCUGCACCAUGCUCAAGAUUGAAGGGGGUCGACUCUGGUUUCAGCUAGACUGUGACAACACUCUAGGCAUUAUGGGUAUCUCUGACAGACCGAUAAAUGAUGGCCUUUGGCAUUCAGUUGCUUUGGAACUGAUGACAAACUAUACCCUUCUGUCACUGGAUGACAGUUAUGUGGAGCGCCGCAGAGCCGCUCGAGCUCCUGUCAGUCUUUGGCCUCUGGCAUCAGACCCGUCCUUUUUCUUUGGGGCCCAAGUAAGGCCAGUGAACGGGCAAGGCGAGAGGACCAGCAUGAGGCCAGGAGGAAACAACGGAAUGCCAAGACUCGGAGACCGUGGAGCAAGGGGCCCUCAGAGAGCACAGGAUGGCUUCCAAGGAUGCCUGGGCUCACUGAUGCUGAACGGUAAUGAGCUGCCACUCCAGAAUAAAAGGAGCCGUUACGCUGAGAUAGCUGGGCUUAGCGAGGUCAAGUUGGGCUGCAUGCUUUAUCCAGAUCCGUGCGUCAGCCGGCCCUGCCUCAAUGGAGCUCUCUGCAGCAGCCUGCCUUCAGGAGGUUUCAUGUGUAGUUGCAGUGGUGGUUUCACUGGGGAACUGUGUGAAGUGGAAAUGACAUCUUGCAUGCCAAACCCAUGCCAGAAUGGUGGAGAUUGUACAUCUGUGGCCAACGCUUUCCUCUGUGGCUGUCCAAGAGGACUCCAGGGAGUUAUAUGUGACGAGGAUGUAAAUGAGUGUGACCGGGGCGAUUGUGAAAAUGGGGGAGAGUGCAUUAACACAUUUGGAUCGUUCUAUUGUAACUGCUCGGAAGGAUACGAGGGUCAGCUCUGUGACGAUGACACCCUCGAUGAUGACACUCAGGCUGAGCCACUGUCUUACAUCGGACCAGGAGAGAUAAUUGGCAUUGGAGUCCUUGCCUUUGUCAUCAUUUUGCUUCUCAUCCUUUUCGUCGCCUUCAGGAAGAAAAUCAAAUUCAGGAAAGAGUCCGACCCAUGCCCACAAACCCAUGCUAUAACCAGCAUAUCAGCUGUUUCUACAGAAACCAGAUACAUGUUGCGUAAAACUGGAAUCGGGGUGGAGGGGAUUGAGUUUAAAGCUGUGCGCGUGUCAGACUCACCGGGGACCACAAGCACGUAUGGAGAGGUGGGGAGCAGUACUGGGGGCCCUCCCCAGGUCGUGGUGCGCCCAAAUGCCCAUUCCGCCCUCCCUGGAGUGGCCAGCAACCACGGAGUGACCACUUCAGACGGUGACAGGACUGCCUGCAGUGAAGGCAUUCAGCAGAUGAGCAGUUUCCUCCCAGAUAAGUCUGGCGUUCGAGGCGUGGCCAACAGAAGGGGUAUCGCAGUGUGCAGCGUAGCACCCAAUCUCCCCUCUUCGUCCUCACAUCACUCAGAGCACAGUCCGCCCCACAAAGUGUCCUGGGAGGGAAAAGAAAGCAGGGAGAAAGAACUGGAGAGGCUAAGAAAUGAAAGAGAGGAGGAGUGGGGACAGAGAGCUUUUGAGCUGGCCAGAACCCACAGGGACGACAGUCCACAGGAGCUGGUGGACGAAGUGGCCUGUCACUCAGAUUCCACCUCGGAGGAACACUCCCUGAGUUCCUACACGUCUGACUCAUUCGAUGACAACGCUUCCAUAGUAACAGUCAUACGUCUAGUCAACGAUGCUGUUGACGAUAUUGAAAGCAAAGUGUCAAACAUAGAUGAGCGGUGGUGGAACAGUCCUGCAUACCAGUGGGAAAUGUCCUGUCAGACAUCAAGUUGGCUAUCUCCAUCACAUCUACAUUCACCAGUGGUCGGAUCCCAUUUCGACAUAAGUGAUGUCCAACAGAACAUCCGGCGUGGAGGCAGCACACACUCUUUACAGCUGGACAACAGAAUGGUGGGUGGCGGCAGAGACCAAUGCCAGGAGAACAGGACGAGGACCUUUCAGUGGGAGAGGAAUCAUUCUGGUGAUUGGGAGAGAAGGAAAGGCGUCGUGCACAGAGAGGACAAGAGAAGGCACAAAGUGAAAGGACUGAGCAGAGAUGCUGAGGCACAGCAGGUCCACGGGGAUGAUCUGCAGCAGCACGAUGGUGACAGCAGUGGAGACAGCUCCUCGCCUGUUUACGAAGAAUACAGGGAGUCCAGCCAUGACCAGGAGCAAGACACAGAGAGUCUUUAUGACACUCUUCCCCCUACUCGCCGAGCUUAUGAAGGAUACCCAUCAAGCCCUCUGGGCCUCAAUCUGCACCCGGCUCAGCUCAUGCCCCCUCUAAGGGCCUGGGAUUUAGAGGCAGACAACUGGGGGGGAAUGGAAGAGCAUCAAGGCAGACCUGGCUCUGGCAGUUUAUCAGGUUCAGGGGAUGAGCUGGAAAGACUGCUGAACUUGGUGUCGCUGAGAGCCAGAAGAGCAACCCGGACAAAUAGGGCUUCAACUGGAUCUGAACCGGCAGAUGGCUGGGACGAGUUUAAAUGAAACUGUGAAAAUAUACAUAUAUAGAUUUUAUGUAUCCUUUACAAGUUACAGAAAAAGAGAUAUUCUGCUUCUAAACCUUUUCUAGUGCUACACAAAUUGAAGAGGGACAUGUAAUAUUCCCAUGUUUUAGUCUGGUGUAAACAAGCACUAAUUAAUCAUAAAUUCCAUGGAUCAUCUCUAAAAUGAAGAAAUAUGUGUCCUCCUAAUGCGUCCACCUGUGCUCCUUAAGGCUAAGCCGUGAUUGGCUGUGAAUCGAUGCUUUUACAUUUAUUAUUUAGAGUCACUGAAGCAAAGCAUUUGGUGGAAGUCUGUCUCCUUUUUGAAUCGCACCAAUGUACAGACCCGGCAUUGUGUAUUUUCACGCAACAUCCCUUUAGAUCACACAGAUACGGACGUACACCCACACACAAUCAUUCUGUGAAGUCAGCUGUGCCAUGCUGGCACAUGAAUUUAUUAUUGUCUCUGAGUCAGGCUCCAGGUUAUUUUGUAGAGAACUCUUCAUCCACAUCUUACAAGCAUCCUGAGAGAUGUGCCUGAGAUAAACAGAGAUUGAUAUGUAUGGAAUCAAUUUUUCUAUGAAUAUUUAUUUCAUAACUGUUGUUUGAGGUUAAACCCAUACAUCACAGUUAUGUAUUUUUCACUUAGCCUAACGUUGUUGUUUUUUUUUUCCAGAAAUGGACCUCAUUGUACAUGAACGACACAACUUCCAGCACUGAAUGUACAUAGUGUGUUUUGUGUGUGUCUAUGUAUAUUUUUAUGUUUAGACUUUUAGAUAGAGGUAAACCUAUUGUGUAAGCAGAGUUAACACGGGAAAUGACCUCCAAGAAAUAAGUUGCUAAAAAGGCUUAGAGAAUUAUGUGGAAAUGCAACCGUGAAGUACACAAUCACUCACCCAGGACGUGCACAUGGUUGGCUCACUGAUAACAAUGUGAAUUCUGCCAUGCUCCCAGUUCACACACAACAAAGGGAAGGCAAAUGGAAAUGAAAUCCAUGUUAAACAGCGCUCAUUCUGGGGGAUUUGGAGUACAUAAAUACAUUUAGGGCAGCGGUCGUGGGCAGCUGUGGAUUGGGAUUCGGCCAAAUUAAAUAACCGCUCUCUGAAUUAUAGUUAGUAAUGAUCAUAGACAAACAUCCGUUUAUCUCUGAUACUUACCAUGAAUGGCAUAUCUGCAAGCAAAUGCGUCUCCGAUAAAUAACCUCUUGAGGUUGCAGGAAAAAAUAUUUACAUCUGAUGUGUAAACAGCAAACAUUAUGCGCCUCAAAGGAGAGAGCAGCAAACAUACGUGCACGUUAUCUACAAAUGACAGCAUGUAAUCAAACUCAAGGGCACCAAAUAAUGUUAAGUUGAAGCAAUUAUGUGUUUUUAAAUGCAGAUCAUUUAAAUGGAAUGAUACAGUGGGACUCUUUGAAGAGCAUCCAAUGGAAAUAGGAGAUUUUCAAAGCUUGGCUAUCACCAGGCUUGGAGUCAACAAUCGCGUGGGUGGUCUCCAGAAUGAUCCAUCUUGUCAUCUUCUUGCUUGUUUUGAUUCAGGCCCACUCAAAGUGAAUCCCUGAAGAGCAUCCCAGAGCCCGUCAUUCUAAAACACAGACAAACACAUUCACACAUGCAGGCACUUUACAGUUUCCAGCUCACCUGAUGUUGCUCUUCCACGCGGCAAGAAGGGAAAUGGGGUCUCCAUGGAAUAUGAUGAGACUAUGCAAGCUUAAGAGUACGAGGAAAAUGCCCAGAGCUUCACACCACGAGUCUGUUCUUCGACAUUACUGUCAAUUUUGUUUAUGCUUGACUACAGUGGCCCUGAAGUGCUAAUCAUAUUAACAAAUCACUCAAUGCAAAAACAUUAAAGAUUACAAUGACAAGUAAAAAAACAAAACAAAACAAAAAACAUUU